UGAUCAGCUGUGUCCAAUCACAGUUGAUCACAUGGCACUGAUGAUCAGUGUGCCCUGAUGAUCAGUGUGGCCCCAGAAGUGCCACCUGUCAGUACCCAUCAAUGCCAGCUGUCAGUGCUCAUCAAUGCCACCUACCAGUGCCCAUCAGUGCCACAUCAAUGCCACAUAUCAGUGCUUAACAGUGCACAUCAAUGUCACAUAUCAGUGCCCAUCAGAGCUGCCUUUCAGUGCCACCUAUCAAUGUCAGACAGUGCCACCUAUCAGUGCUGCCAAUCAGUGCCA